AUGGAUACAGUCAUCAAUAUAGAUGAGGAAGAGGAUAGGGCCAAGAACGGAGCCCUGAGGUACUCCGCUCGUAACCGUCACCUCUGCCGAGUGCUGGCCACCAAGAGGAACAGUCUGGGACCGACCGACCAAAAAGUUUUCAAUCCACUUCAAAAGCUUGCCUCUUACCCCUAUGCGGCUGAGCUUGUGUAGGAGACGUUGGUGUGGCACGCUGUCAAAUGCCUUCUUGAAGUCUAUGUAGGCCACAUGCACAACGUUUCCUUCAUCAAUCGCUCGCGUCCACUGUUCAAGACAGUAGAGUAGAUUGGUUAAGCAGGACCUCCCUCUGCGGAAACCGUGCUGUGCAUCGCACAGAAGAUGAUUUUGCUCUAAAAACCGCAUCAGUUCGCGUUUGAUUAUUCGCUCCAUAACUUUGCAGCAUAUGGAGGUGAGGCUUACUGGUCGGUAGUUGUUUGCGGAAGCGCGACUGCCAUUUUUAUGAAUUGGUGAAAUCCACGCAGUCUUCCACUCAGGAGGCAGUCUGCCUGCAUCAAGAGAGGCUUGGAAGAGGACGCUCAGAGGUUCUGCCAAUUCUGUGGCUAAUUCCUUCAACAACUUUGCCGGUAUUUCGUCAGGACCGGGCGAAGUCCCUUCUUUUAGCUUCAGUAAUUCCUGUUGAACAAUAGGUUUUGUGAGAACCACUGAGUCAAUUGUCGGGACAGUGUCCACAUUACAGUGAUCAGUGGGUACAGCGACUUCUCUCGUAAAGACCGACUGAAAGAACCUGGACAGAUGCUCAGCCUUUUCGUCGUCCUCGUAUGUACCAAAUAUUUGAUUUAAGUUGUCCCCCCUGUGGCCAAUCGGAAAGGAUGGCGAUGGUGAGUCGUUGUUGUUAUCGUCCUUGAACGAAGUCCUCCCAUGUCUGCGGGUGGACUUUCAGGCACAUCAGCGGGAAGCCUGAUUUUUGUGGCUAAAGGGGCUAGUGAACACCAUCAAGUCUAUUCCAUUCAGGAGUUGGCCAAACGAAACUGUCUUGCCACAGCAAACGUACUCCGACUAACCCUAUGUCGCCAUUCUUGGGAUAUUUCGUCCGGGUUUUUUUUCGAGCGUCACAGUGCAAGAGAUGAGUGUUCUGGCGAAGGCCGAAGGAAGAAUACCAUGAAUGCACAAGGGUUGCAUCAUCCAUCAUUAUCUGAUGCUGUGAAUUCGAGAGGUCAGUCUAACGAAAUUAGUAUUUCCGCAAUGGCGUCUGCUUCUUCGUCUUUCUAAAAACAAAGCACCAAUGCAAAUACACUUGAUUGUUCCUUGACUUUCAAACACUUGGUCCCCAUAUGGGGUUGGACGUGUUAGAUGCGCUGGACUAACACGGGGGCCACAUCGGACUCUGGCAGGCGUUAUCUGUGAGCAGUAACAAAUGCCAACAAUUGCGGCGUGCGCUGGCGGACCGUGUUGUCGGCAUUCGUCGCACAACUGGACCACUGUCACCACCCCAUGGUUUUGUGGUCAAAAUCUUUGUCAUUGUUGUGUGGACCAGGGGGUGCGGAGUGGAGCGCCAAGGCGAGGAUCCGUCCGAGCCAUCCACCUGCGGCCUCCCUCGUCUCCGGUCUUCUUGACACUGUCUUGACACCGGGCUCAGGCGGGGGAGGAGGAGAGAGUGUAGGUAGAUGCUACGCAAGUCUACUGGCACUAUAAACCCCUGCGUAAGUCACCGUCCCUGCUCCCACCGCUGCUGCAGCUGUGGGGCACACGGUGGACAUUGUCGAAAUCGACGGUCGAACUGUCGUGUGUGUGUGUGUGUGAGAGAGAGAGUGUGUGUGUGUGUGUGGGGUGUAGGGGUGUCCAGCGGUGGGUUCACGUGAUGCUCGCAUAUGAGACUACGCCUAGCGUCCAUUUGCUGGCACCUAACUCUCACCUGCGGCUCCACGUAGCUGGGCUCUGCUCAGCGGCCACACCCCGGGCAACCGUCUCGACCGGCGGGCUAAACCAGGUGAGGGUAUCCGUGCGUGCACCUGCACGCGCGGCAAUGUGGUCUGCGCUGGACGGAUGGAUCUUCGCGUCGACAUCGUCGAGACGAGGCUCCGCCUGGACCAUCGCAGGAGGCCACCAGGUAAGUUCUCUCCCCCAGGUAAGUGCAUUUGCUCUGUUUCUUCCUUUUGUCUGUUGAAGUUCCGUGUCGUAUGCUGCUCUUGCUGCCUGCCCUCUGUAUGCUAGUCGGUCUGAUAAUAGCUAGACGAAACCCUCGCUGCCUGCUGCGACUGUCUGUCUGUCAGUCUAUGCCACUCUCUGCUAAUAGCUAGGUGCUACGGAGCUUGACACUUGAAUGGUGCCCUCUCACUUCUGUCUCUGACUGAUGACUGUGUCCGCUUGUCCACUCUAGCUAGCUGUAAGUCCCAUAGCGUUAUGUAGUGUGUAUGCUCUCUCCUACUUCACUCCAUCACAUCACCAUCACCACCAAGGUCUCAGGCUAAUUCGGGUCGUUCUCUCACUAACAAAAUGUCGUGGCCCAUAGUGUAGUCCGGCAGCCGUCUGGGAUAACCGGGCAGCCCUGUUCAGGGAUGCGUUGCCUGCCCCCGCGAGGGGGAGGGGGCUAGAAAAGGUGCCCUAAAGAUCGCUGGGAACCACGCUGUCUGUAGGCUGGCCGUGGCCGCAGACAAAAGACACACGGUUGAAACAGCCAAAAUCGAAACAACAACAACAACAAUCACUCUCUUCCUCUUCCAGCCUAUUCUUCUUCCUCUCCUACUCCUACUUUUCGCCGCCGCAGUGGCCAGACUGGCAGGGUGCGCCCGCUCACUCUGGCAGCCUGGAAUGUUCGUUCCCUUUUAGACAAUCCGAGGAGCAACCGACCGGAACGGAGGACGGCGCUAGUGGCACGAGAACUGGCGCGCUACAAGGUGGACAUCGCCGCACUCAGCGAGACCCGAUUCUCUGAACAAGGCCAACUGGAGGAGGUGGGUGCCGGUUACACCUUCUUCUGGAGUGGUCGACCCAAGGCAGAGCGACGAGACGCGGGUGUUGCCUUCGCCAUCCGGACCGACAUCGCGGGACGACUACCCUGUUUGACGCAGGGAAUCAACGAUCGCCUGAUGAGGCUCCGUCUGCCUCUCCGAGGUGGGGGAAAAUUCGCCACCAUCAUCGGCGCCUACGCUCCGCCGAUGACCAGCCCCGACGCCGCCGCAGGAGACAAAUUCUACGAGGACCUGCACGCCCUCUUGGCGACUGUGUCGAAGGCGGACAAGUUGAUUGUCCUUGGUGACUUCAACGCCCGCGUCGGCACAGACCAUACUGCCUGGAGGGGAGUGCUGGGUCCUCACGGUCUCCGCGGCUCCAACGACAACGGCCUGCUGCUCCUCCGCACCUGCGCAGAACACCGCCUCAUCCUGACGAACACGUUCUUCUGUCUGCCGGAGCGAGAGAAGGCCACCUGGAGGCAUCCUCGGUCGCGUCAGUGGCACCUGCUGGACUAUGUCCUCGUCCGGAGGCGAGAUCAGCGGGACGUGCUGGUGACGAAGGCGAUCGCGGGUGCUGACGGGUGGACCGACCAUGGCCUCGUCAUCUCGAAGAUGCGUAUUCGCCUACAGCCUCGCAGGAGACCACAAGGUAAGCGACCCCCAGGUAAGCUAAAUGUUGCUUUGUUGUCUUUGCCAGCUCACCGUCUCCAUUUCAGCAAUGAGCUAGCUCAACGGCUAGACAACCUUCCUAUCGCUGCCGCCGCCGACGACGCCGCCGCCGCCGCUGCCGAGAACGCCUCCGUGGAAAACCGCUGGUGUCAACUUCGAGACACGGUCCAGUCGACGGCGCUCGCCGUCCUCGGUCGCGCUCCCCGCCAACACCAGGACUGGUUCGAUGACAACGACGCUGCCAUCAGAAAUCUGCUUGCCGAAAAGAACCGCCUACACAAGGCCUACGUAGAUCACCCCACUGAGGACAACAAAGCUGCCUUCUACCGCAGUCGCCGACAGCUUCAGCAACGACUGCGCGAGAUGCAGGACGCCUGGACUGCUCGCAAAGCUGAGGAGAUCCAAGGCUACGCGGACCGCAACGAUGGGAAGAACUUCUUCUCCGCGAUCAAAGCUGUCUACGGUCCGCCGACGAAGGGCACUGCUCCUCUCCUCAGCGCCGACGGCAGCAAUCUCCUGACUGAGAAGACGCAAAUCCUACAGCGAUGGGCCGAGCAUUUCCGAGGCGUCCUCAACCUCCUUCCGCCAUCUCUGACGCCGCCAUCGAGCGUUUGCCGCAAGUGGAGACCAACGUGGACCUCGACCUCCCGCCAUCUCUCCAAGAAACCAUCAGGGCCGUGCAGCAACUCUCCAGCGGGAAAGCACCCGGAUCGGACGCAAUCCCUGCUGAGGUCUACAAGCACGGAGGUCCCCUACUGAUGGAUCACCUGACUGCGCUCUUCCAGGAGAUGUGGCGUCAAGGUGAAGUCCCGCAAGAUUUCAAGGACGCAACCAUCGUGCAUCUCUACAAUCGAAGUCGCCAACCGAAUCUCGAAAGCCAGUCAAGCCUUCGGACGCCUCCAAAGCACAGUUUGGAAUCGCUACGGUCUCCAACUGAGCACAAAGCUGAAGAUGUACAAGGCCGUCAUCCCGCCGACGUUACUGUACGGAGCAGAGACAUGGACGGUGUUCACGAGGCAGGCACGUCGACUGAACCACUUCCACCUCAGUUGUCUCCGUCGCAUCCUGAGGCUGAACUGGCGGGACCGCAUCCCUGACACCGAUGUGCUGGAACGGACGGAAAUCCUGAGCAUCUACUCCAUGUUGAGACAAAUGCAGCUGCGCUGGAGUGGCCACCUGUUGCGCAUGGACGACGACCGACUACCCAAACGACUCUUCUACGGAGACGUCGCGACGGGUUCUCGUCGUCAAGGAGGCCAAAUUCGCCGUUACAAGGAUACCCUGAAGUCCUCCCUGAAGCGCCUGCAAAUCAACCCGACCAACUGGGAAGAUCUCGCCCGCGAUCGACCGACAUGGAGGAUAACAUUGAAGACGGGCGCUGCUAUCUAUGAAGCCAACCGAAUCGCCGCCGCCAAAGCGAAACGCGAAGCCCGCAAAUCACAACUUCGCCCAGUACGCAACGCCGCCGCACAACCUCUCCCUACGUGUCCUCGAUGUCAACGGACAUUCCGGGCACGAAUCGGACUUGUUGAAAAUCUGCGGAUCAACUGCACCUCUCGACCUGCUCCAGCCAUCGUCCCCCCGCCCGCCUCUUCCUCGUCCUCUCUGCCGCCAACUAACACUGUUAACUCUUCUGUACCGCCACUUCCAUCCUCCUCCUCCUCCUCCUCCCCCACUGCCCCAGCGGCGGCCGUUCAGACUGCCGUCUCACACAUCACCAACCCCAACACAACAACCGACACCACCUCUCCCGAAACUGCUGAUGAGGAUCAGGACUACACCUGCCCUCACUGCGACCGGACCUUCACCUCUCGCAUCGGCCUGGUCGGUCACUUGCGAAUCCAUCGCACAGAGACUGGCGAACCAGUGCCUGGAGCACCAACCUACACCCACCGCACUCGCCUUCACUGCCCACACUGUCCUCGCAGCUUCACUCAUCGCAUGGGUCUAUUCGGCCACAUGCGCAUCCACGAGAGCGGCAUUGACCGCAGCCUUGACACACCCACAACGCUAGGCCCCGCCCCCAGUUCAUCACCUUGUGCGGCCAACAACCUCUCCGCAACCGCCGUCGAUGCCACCGACUUUACUACCCCUCACUCCUCCCCUUCCUACUCCUCUUCCUCCUUCACUGCCACAACGACGGCCGCCUCGGCGUCUGUCGCCCACGACUUCACCACAGCCGCACCUGACACAACAACAGGCACAACCCCUGCAACCUCCAUCAUCAGACGUGAGGGCCAGGACUACAUCUGCCUUCACUGCGAUCGCACCUUCACUUCACGCAUCGGCCGGGUCGGUCACCUGCGAAUCCAUCGCACAGAGACUGGCGAACCAGUGCCUGGAGCACCAACCUACACCCACCAUGCUCGUCUCCACUGCCCACACUGUCCUCGCACCUUCAUGCAUCGCAUGGGUCUAUUCGGUCACAUGCGCAUCCACGGCGACCUGCGGUAG